CAACAAACUACUGCUGCGACAGGCCAGCCAGCAGCCAGACAGCCAAACGAGUUCUAACGAACUGUCAUUCAGAUGACUGUACAAGUACAAUCAGUGUAUCCGCCUUUGUAAAUUAUUUUGUGAUUACCAGUAACAGGGUCCAAGAUGACGACCCAGGUCCAGGCAUUGUAUGACUUCAUGGGUGACCCAGGCACCACGGAAAUGUCAAUUACAUCUGGAGAAAUUUUGACUCUACUCAAUACCGAAAUUGGUGAAGGUUGGUGGGAAGGCAAGAACUCUAAGGGUGAAACUGGUUUAUUUCCAGCUGCAUAUGUUAGGAAAUUGACACCAGAUGAAUCUACACAUACCAAAGCAGCCCCCGCUGUUCCAAGGUAUGACCAAGCUGCCGAUGACUGGGGAGACCAACAGUAUAGUGCAGGGGACAACAAUUAUCAGCGCACAGCAUCACAUGAGGAUGGCUGGGAUGACGAUUGGGAUGAUGACACUUACUCUGAAAUUGGCCCGGCACAACAUAAAUCACAUCACAACCAAAAUUCUCAACUGACACCAUUACCAGGAAUGCCUAUAUCUGAAUACAGCAACAAUGAUGACACAAGCUCUAAUUUCGGAUCUACAGUAGGAACAGUUAGAAAAAGCAAAUUUGCACCUUCAUCCAAAGUUUCUGGUGAAAGCUACCUGCUUGGCACUCUUAAUGUGGAAGUGCCUGAUCAAGAUAAGGUUUACAUCAUUCAAGAUGAAGAGGGUUAUAUUUGGUCUCCUAUUACUCAACCCUAUUCUGUCACUGUAGCCUCUCCAAAGAAGGAAUCAAAAUUUAAAGGUAUUAAAAGCUUUAUAGCAUAUCAAUUGACACCAUCAUUUAAUAAUAUACAAGUUUCAAGAAGAUACAAGCAUUUUGAUUGGCUACAUGAAAGAUUGCAAGAAAAAUUUACUCUUAUUCCAAUUCCACCAUUGCCUGACAAGCAGAUAUCUGGCAGGUAUGACGAGCAGCUGAUUGAGAGAAGGCGUGUCCAGCUCCAAGAGUUUGUUGACUGGAUGUGUAAACAUCCAGUGUUAUCAAAAUGUGAAGUCUGGCAACACUUCCUUACCUGCACAGAUGAAAAGAGAUGGAAAGCUGGCAAGCGACAAGCCGAAAGAGAUCCUUUGCUGAGCUUAAAUUAUUGUAUUUCAUUAGCUGUACCUGAGAAAGCUUUACUACAAUCACAAGUUGAUCACAUUACUGAUCAGUGCCACACAUUCAUAGCUAGUAUGGACACAUCGGUCAAAUCUGUAACCAAUAUGUGUGUAGCACAAACUAAGAGAUUUCAAGGUCCUUACAAAAUGGAUUGUCAAAAGGUCGGGGAGGCAUUCUACAAUUUGGGGAAUGCUCUUAGUUUAGAUGAAGGAACCCUAAUUUCCACUUCAAAAUUGACAUCGGCAAUUAAAAUGACUGGAGGUGCUUAUAUUGAAAUUGGGAGAAUGUAUGAUGAACAACCUAAGUAUGACUGGGAUCCUCUUGGUGAUAAGUUUCAUCUGUACAAAGGAAUUGUGGGCUCUUUUCCUGAUUGUCUUGCCAACCAUAAAGGUGCUGUGCAGAAGAAACGAGAAUGUGAGCGGCUGACAGCUGAACACAAGAUGGAAGUGGCUCAGUUGAAUGAAGUAUUGAGAAGGACUGAUGUCAUAUCUUAUGCCCUCCUUGCCGAAAUCAAUCAUUUCAAAACAGAGAGAACCACAGAUUUGAAAGCCACCAUGCAAAAAUUCCUAAGGCAGCAGAUAACUUUCUACAAGAAGAUUGUUGAGAAGUUGGAGACAACUUUACAACAGUAUGAGGAAUAAGUAGAUAGCGUAAUCUUGUACCAAACUGUGAACUAUUUGUUGUAAGCUGUACCUUUGUAAAAUUAUUUUUUUAUACAAUGUAAAUCUUACUUUCUGCUAUAGGAAAUCAUAAAAGAAAUAUCAAUUUUAUCUCUGUAUAAAUGUCAAAACUAUUAUUUCACUCUAAUCAAAUUUGUUUUAUCUUGAUGUUUCUUAAUAAUUACAAAGAGUACAAUAAGGAUGUUUGUCAAAUAAUAUAAACACCAGAUUAAUAUUAACUCUUUAAACAUCCAUCACCCUAUGUUUUAAGUAUUCUUCUAUUCCCUGGUUUGGUGUUUACUGGGUUAAUAUAAAUUGUAGGAACGCAACUAAAAAUACAUCUUAACAGUUUUUAGUGAUAAACAACAGAUAGUUCAUUUGCAUACAAAAUCUUGUGGAAUUGAUUGUGUUAAAGUAAUGAAUAUUAAUUUCUUCAUAUUGCUAAAUUGCUAUACUUAUAAAACUGUAUUUUAAGGUUUAUUUAUCAAAUCCAAAGGAUUGGCAGCACAUCAAACUUGCAUGAUGUAUGUAGUAUAUAAAUGAAUUUGCAUUGUGAUGAAAUCAAGGACUGAUAUUAAAUAUAUGAUACAUAUGUAUAACUGAUUUACUUUCUGUACACAACUUGGUCUGUAUAUAUUAUGUAUUUUCAACAAUCAUAUUCCUGAAAUAUUUUUAUCAACUUAUACAUUUUAAUUGUACUAACUAUAAAUGAAGUAAUUUUGACAUUCUGUUGUCUUAUUUUUUAUUAAAUGUUGUAUAAUAUUCCAUUUUUAUAAGAUAUUUUAUAGGGCUCUAUAAUUAAAUAAAUAAUGUAAUUCGUU